AUGACAUACAAACAGUCUUUGCUAUCCGUCUUGAACCAUCCCUUCUUGGCCACUCCACUUUGCCAGUGCGCUGCAGGCAGCACCAUUGUGCGGCAGUGUGCAGGAUGUAGACCGUUGACAAAGACUUUUCUUCUAGAUUUGCAGACAAGCGCGAAGGCCAAGAUUCGAUUUCUGGUUUUCGCUAUCAAAGUGGCGGAGGCUCUUGCUUACCUUCAUCACUCCCCUAUAGGACCAGUCCUGCACAAUGACUUGAUCGAUCGGAAUGUGCUAGUGAACUUUGACACCGGCGCGUUGAUGCUGAUUGAUUUCGACAUGGCCAUCGUGCUCCCAAAUAUGGGCGCCAGAGUCCGUGAGGAAAAAGGCACGUCCAGCCCGAAUCUAGACCGCUACCUGGAUGGGCCAGUGUUAGGAGCAGCUAACCUUUGUGUCCCAUCACGAGCAGUCUUGAAGAUGGAUGAUUUCUAUGCAACAUACAACUGGAGAACGACACACGAGGAUCUGGAGUGCUAUGGUAUUGCCGUGGAAAGGGAUCUUUUUUCACUGGGUCAGUUGUUUCUCACGCUGCUCGGAACGCAACCGCUCCCAGUUCGAUGGCGUAGCAGCAACAUUUCGUUCCAGCUGUUUGAGGACAGCUACAUCAAGCCAAGGCGGCGUGCACGCUGGAGCUUCCCUGCAUUGAGCGCCAUGACGGGUUUCAAGCGGAUCCUCCACAAUCAGUUUUCUUCAGGCGGCCACAGCUUGGCUGGGCUUCUGCUGGGUCUUCUUGGCCCCUUGCCAAGGCCAUCAGCCUCGGAACUAGCCAAGUCGCUGCGCCAAUUGCUCCAAAGCCUCUUCCCGCACAGUCUGAGCCUGUUGGAUUUCAAACAGAAAUACCGCAGGAGGCUUACCGCAGAGAAUUUGCAGCGUGCCGCAUCCACAACUUACUUGAGGUAUGUUGACUCCUGCGCCCCGGCUUUGAUGCGGGUGCCGCGGCAGAUCAGCCAGACACUACAGUUCCUACCUGUCCUGGUCGAAGUCCCGGGCGAUAAGCAAGCUGCCAGUGGACCACCAACAGGAGAACGGUAUGUGAAGCUUGUUCUGCGACUUCCACGAGGCACUGCAGAGUGCGACGUCAUUGUUUACAGGGGCCGUGGGUCGUGUUCCUUUGACCUCAGAGGUCGCCAAAACAGAUUCAGGGGUUUGGCGAGCCUCUCUGUGCUGAGUCCCACCGUGUGUUUCGCUACGGUUCAUAUCAAUCUGACCGAACGCGCAGAAAUUUACCAGGGUGCAAUCUCGGAGGAAUUUUCGCUCUGGGGGCCUGGAGUGGUACGAGUCACAUCUGAUGUACAUGUGUUGAGUGGGGCAACGCUUCACAUUGUGCCUGGGACAGUGGUCCAACUCGCAGAAGCGGUGUCAAUUUUUGUUGAGGGGGCAUUGAGGAGCGUUGGCCGUGCGGAGGAUCCGGUUCUGUUUUCAGCAGAUAAGGGUGCCGCAAGCUGGGGGUCGAUCCGCUGCACCGGUGGCACAGUGCUGCUACAACACACCGUUGUAUCUCAGGGUGGCGUCACCGGUAAUUUAGAGUAUCUGCAUGGCCACUCGAACUCGGAACCGGUCCUCUACGCGGAGCGUGGAAUUCUCUCGGUGGCUUCAUCGGCAAUUAUCGACUGCCUUGGCAAAGCUGCCGGGUCACGUGAGUCCCUGGUCUUUAUGUCGGAUUCCCUGAUUUCACGAGUGGAUACUGGCGGGGAGCACUUCGACAGUUUGGUGACCUUCAGGUUCAUGCAUGUGCUGGAGUUGCCAGGUGCUUCGAGAGAGCUUGGCGAGGAUGACAACGACGGCCUAUAUCUCAACGUCCGUCCUGAGAAUAUCGAGGAGGGGCCCUGGUGGGCCUCGUUGCCGGAUAGAAGCUUUGGAGCCUUGCAUGGCUCCCUUGGUGCCAACUCUUGGCCCGUUAGCUUGAUUGAGUCUUCCGUGUUUAUCAGAGGAAAUGACGAUGCCAUUGAUUUUUGCGGAGGUUUCGUGGAGAUCCGAGAUGUAGAGAUCCGGCGCUGGCAUCAUGAGGGCCUGGCUCUGUCCUCGCCGCUAUGGCUGGCUAGGUCUCGGAUAAGCCACCCGAAGCUGCUGCACAGCCAAGUGCUGGUUGUGAAUGCAUACAUCGAGGGUUGUGAACAAGGUCUGGAGGUCGGCUUUGGAGAUGUCGCGGUCGAGAUCCGAAACUCCACCUUCACAUUGAACAGUGUUGGCCUGCGCCGUGGGGAUUCCUAUUCGGUGCCCAAGCGCGUCUACCGAGGAACUUGGAAGGCGAGUGGCCUUCGCUUGCUACACAAUUUUGAGUACAAUCUGCUUGACUGGGUCAACGGCCAGGGCGCCGGCGCACUGUUCUUGGAGCAGGAAGUGUUGAACUCAGAGAUGGGCAAGCCCUGCCUGCCUUGCCCAAGCCGGUUGGCGUCGACCUCGCCUUCCUCCAAAACUUCAUCUGUGCUGCCGAGUCUGCCGAGUGCCAAGUUCUGGGCGCAAGCCACGGGCCUGAAGAUCGCCAGCCUUGAUUCCUGGCGAGUUGCAUUGCAAGCUCCCGCUUCGGCGACGAGUGCGAAGCCCUUCCUGCACGCACGAUGGGAGGGCCAAGCCAAGCGACUUGAGCCAUGGCAUGGUUUGGCUUGUGGCCUGGCCAUGACACUGCAGCUCGACUCCGACGCUGGAAACAAGGUCUAUUGGAAGGCGAUGCAUUCCCAGAACCGAGACUUCAAUGAUGAGAGCUUCUGGCCAGAGAUUCUCGUCUUUGCCUUGGACGUUGCGCUUGGGGUGUGGACGUCCCUGCCUGCUGUAGGCCGCACCAUGAGUGUUGAUGAAGUGAUGCAGCGCUUUCGCGAUGUAUGUGAACAGUGCUCGCUACACUCCAUGAAGUUGGGAUGUGUCUCAAGGCUCUCGCGGAUCUUUCCGCAGAUAGAGGUAGAUGGAGCUGCUGUGGCGUGGAGCGAUCGGGUGAGGCCACUCUUGCGCAGCCAUGCUGACGAGGGAUGGUUUCUCUUGACGGAGGGCCCCGUUCGUUUCCUGAACUUCUAUGACUACGCCGUGUUCAGCUAUCUCUGUCGUUGUGGCAAGAGCACGCACAGCCACUUCUAUGCAGAUCUUGAUCAGGGUCAAGGAUGGCUGGUCAUGAUGGACAACGAUCGAUGCUUCCAACUUGAGGGAGAAUCAGCACUGGAUACAGUUUCUGAGGACUUCGAGAAGAUGCGGCUCGAUCAAUUCCGCCAAAUCAUUGAGACAUGUGACUGGGUGGGUGGCUUGUCGAAGCACUUGCUCCAGCAGUUGUCUGAUGUAUCCCACCCAAUGAGCGUGCGAAUGUUGGACGCAUUGAGGGGUGACCUUGUGAUUGGCAGCCCGGGGCGUGUGGCGAUCCCAUUGCUGCCCGUAUUGGAGGAGCUCGACCGACGUGCACUGUACCUUGCAAAGCGCAUCUCCCAGUGCCAGCUCAACCCGCAACCUCUACCACGUUGGAGUCCUUUUGGCUUCGCGCGGCAGGGAUUGGCAGCAUGCUGGGCCCCCACAUGGGUUUUGAAUUGGGACACAUGCUGCGAUGCACGGCAUGGACCUCUUGGCAACAGGAGCUGUUGGAAGCCGCCACGGUCUUUUGAGAGAUGUUGCAUGCGGGCAAGACUUACACAGGCAGACUGA